UUCAGCUACCUGCAAGCCAUGCGCUUUGCGGUGGAGGAGAUCAACAACUCCAGCGCCCUGCUCCCGGGACUCUCCUUGGGCUACGAGAUCUUCGACGUCUGCUACCUGACCAACAUCAUCCAGCCGCUCUUCUCCUUCCUCUCUGACGACCACUUGAGGGUCGAGAUCAAGCGGAACUACAGUGACUACAAGACACGGGUGGUGGCGGUCAUCGGCCCCGACGCUCCCUCCUCCGCUGUCACCGCCGCUUAUCUCCUGAGCCAGUUCCUGGUUCCACAGAUCACCUACAGUGCGACCACGGAGGCCCUUAGCAGCCCCAAAAUCUUCCCAGUGGCCUUCCGUACCAUCCCCAGCACAGAGCAGCAGGUCGCCUUGUUGCUGAACCUGAUGAAGUACUUCCGGUGGAACUGGGUCAUCAUGCUCUCGAGUGAAGACGACUAUGGGCAGCAGAAUGCGCAGCUGCUGCGCAGCAAGAUCGGGACGACCUAUUCAGAGGCUUCAUGGAUAUGCGUGGCUUUUCAGGAGACCAUUCCGGUCCAAAAUGACAGCCAAGAGGAGCCUGACGGGGCCGCGUUACUGCGGUUCCAGUUGAUCAUCGCCAAAAUCAAGCGCAGCUCGGCCAAAGUGGUGAUCGUCCUGAGCACAGAGCUGUCCCUCCGCCCCUUCUUCGGCGAAGUCAUCCGCCAGAACCUUACUGGCUUGGUGUGGGUGGCGUCUGAAGCCUGGGCUACCGACCUCUCCAUCUUCGCCAUGCACAACAUCUCCAGCAUUGGCUCCGUCUUCGGUGUGGCGGUGCAGGAUGUCCCCAUUCCAGGGUUGGAUGAGUUCCGCGUCAGGUCACCCGAGGUCAGAGAAGCUGCCCCGCCAAUGUGCAACCAAGAAUGCGACGACUGCCUGUCGGCUGUGCGGCACUAUGAUGCCAGUCUCCGGUCCUCCGGCAACCGCAUCGAUUUCAACAUUUACUCCUCGGUCUACGUCGUUGCCCAUGCUUUGCACACCUUGCUGGGCUGCAAUAAAACUGGAUGCUCCAAGAGGACCGUUUACCCCUGGCAGCUGCUGCGGGAAGUGGGUCGGGUCAACUUCACUUUGUUGAACAACAUCAUCCAAUUUGAUGAGAAAGGUGACCCCCCGAAUGGCUUCGAAAUAGUCCAGUGGCAGUGGGACAUCCCUGGGAAACCCUUCCGGCGCAUCGCCAAUUAUAAGUUCCCACAGGAAGAGCUCCUUGUUUAUACGGAGAACAUUGUUUGGCACACAGAGAACAGCACGCCCCCCAGGUCGGUCUGUUCAGCUCAGUGUGGACAAGGACAGAGGCGGAAAGUGCUAGGAUCCUCCGCUUGCUGCUUUGUUUGCGUGGAGUGUGAAGCUGGGACGUUUCUCAACAAAAGUGACAUCUUCACUUGCCAGACCUGUCCACACAACAUGUGGUCCAACUCAGGCCAGGAGGAGUGUUUCACCAAAACAGUGAUAUUUUUCUCCUGGCAUGACCCCGUCUCGCCGGUCCUCCUCUCCUUUGCUUUUUUGGGACUCUUGGCCACUUUAGGCAUCCUUCUGACUUUCAUCUGCCAUCAUGACACUCCAGUGGUGCGGUCUGCCGGUGGGCGGCUCUGCUUUCUAAUGUUAGCCGCCCUCGCUGCCGGCUUCUGCAGUGUGGGAUUCUACAUCGGUGAGCUGUCAGAGUUCAAGUGUGUUGGGCGCCGGUCCGCGUUCGGCCUCUGCUUCUCCCUCUGCAUUGCCUGCAUCACAGUCCGCUCCUUCCAGAUCAUCUGCGUCUUCAAGGUGGCCGCCCGGCUGCCCAGAGCCUAUGACUUGUGGCGGAAGUACCACGGGCAGGAGGUCUUUGUGGGCACCGUCUUGGCCCUCAAGAUGACCAUUAUGGGGUGCAACGUCUACUUCUACCCUCCGGUGCCAGCCCUGACCACAAUGAGAAAUAACCCGGCGGUCCUCCUUUUGAUGUGUACCCCAGACUUCAAGGCUUCCAUGGUCCUCAGCAACUCCCUGGAGAUGUUUUUGUGCUUGCUCUGCUUCUCCUUUGCCUACAUGGGGAAAGCCAUGCCCAAGAACUACAACGAGGCCAGGUACGUCACCCUGAGUAUGACUGGGUAUUUUAGCUGCUGGGCCACCCUCUUUCUGGUCAUGUCCCUCUGCGACGGACUGGUGGUCAAUAAGGUAGAUACGUCUGUAAUGCUGACCAACCUGUUCAACAUCUGCCUGGGCUACUUUGGACCCAAGUGUUACAUUAUUUUCUUCCACCCUGAGAGGAACACAGCCGCUUUCUUUCAGACUGACAUCCAGAGCUAUACCAUGAGGCAGGACUAGAUGGAGAUUGUAUCCUGCCCUGAGAGUCUCUUGUAACGUAGCCAAGCACAGAAACAUAGUCCAGAGGCAGCCCUAGGUCAACACAUUCAUCAGUCAACCAAGCAAGGAUGAGGCAAGAGGUAUGUCCAUUCCAAUAUUCUGAAGCCAGGAUAUCUCACCAACAUAGUUUCCAUGUGUAGUCCACAAUCCACAAUCCAAAUUCCAAGGUAUAGGCUGUCUUUCAAGAUCCAAGAGUACACACAGAGAACUUCAGGUUGCAGCUCCCAGCACCGACGUUGCUACCAGCAACCAGCUAUUCCAAACUCCAGCUAUUUAUGCAGAUCUCUCAGGCGAUCCUACUUGCUGGCCCGCUUCUCUUGAUCUCCGCAUUUGAAUACCCUCUGUUAUUAAUUGUAGCCGGCCAGGGAUACUUAAUUCCUGCCCUUCCAUUUCAAGGUCCUGAUCCUGCUCUUGGUCUGUGCCCACUUGCUCUGUAGGGAGUCUUUCAUUGUCCACUUGGGGUUGCUGUUGUUCCUCCUCUGAAGUGGCGGGUUCUUUACGGUCUGACUGCGCUUGCUGCUGCUGCUCUGCAUUGGAGCCCAACUCGAAUGCUUCGCACACAUCCUCGCUUUCAGCAGUAGUCAUGACACAUCCAGAGAAAAAGCUGCAAUGGCUUGUCCAACUCAAUGAAUCGUUCAACUCAAUGGAAACACAAUGGAUCGUCCAACUCAAUGGAAACUGAAUGGAUCACCCAACUCAAUGGAAACUCAAUGGAUCACCCAACUCAAUGGAAUAUAAAAUGCAUUGUCUAAUUCAAUGGAAACUCAAUGGAUCAUCCAACUCAAUGGCUCACCGAACUCAAUGGAAAAUCAAUGGAAUAUCAAUGCAUUGCCCAACUCAAUAGAAACUCAAUGGAUCGUCCAAUUCAAUGGAUCUAUCAACUCAAUGGAAACUCAAUGGAUCACCCAACUCAAUAGAAAAUCAAUGGAUCAUCCAACCCAGUGGAUCAUCCAACUCAAUGGAAAAAUCAAUGGAUCACUCAUCUCAAUGGAAAAAAAUUGAUGGUCCAACCCAAUGGAUCUCCCAACCAAUGGAAAAUCAGUGGAUUGUCCAACUCAAUGGCUCAUCCAACUCAAUGGAAAAUCAAUGGAUUGCCCAACUCAAUGGCUCAUCUAACCCAAUGGAUCUCCCAACUCAAUGGAUCAUCCAAGGAUCAUUGAGUUUGAUGAUCCAUUGUUGGCCUAGUUUGGGCGCCCAACUGUAUUUGAGUGGGAUGACCUUCAGGUAGGCCUCUUUGAGUGGGCUGUCCUUCGGUUCGACCGACUCAAUGAGAAGCCAAUAGAUCCCGGACUUCCUCUUCCAGGAUUCCUCAUCCUCGGACUGCUUUGCUGGGGCUGAUCAUUAAAAAUAUAUAUUAAAAUUUUUAAAAAA